CUUUGCACUUACCUUGUGUCAAAUCAAUGGGGAGGAAUGCACCUUUACACCAAGUGAGGUUAAGGUAGACAGUGGUUUGUUAUGAUGCGUGAAGCAGAAGGAGAUAGCUUUCUACAUACCGAAGAAUGUUCCCAAAAGGUCACCGACACGGCGGAACUGCUCCGGCGGCCGGUCGAGAUAUACGUCAAGGAGGAACGCGAGUCCGAGUGUGAAGACGAGGAGGCGGAGGCAGUGGUCGGCUGUGACCCGCUGUACGUGAAGCAGGAGCCGGAGUACUCGCUUCCGGAAGAUGUGGCCAGUUUCCCCGGUUCGUCAAAUGUAAAGGAGGAAGAGGAGCACGGAGACGCAGAGGAUGGAGAAUUUGCAGAAGCAGCCUCCAGGAAUUCACGGUCAUCCCACGACGGUGCCGGCGAGACGGCGGCGGACUCGGAGUACUUCUACUGCGACACGUGCUCGCAAGUCUUCACCUCCAAGUCGGACAUCGCGGACCACGUGCGCACGCACGCGGCCGGCCACGUGUGCGGGCUGUGCGGCGAGGUGUUCGCCGCGGUGUCCCGGCUGCGGCGCCACCGCCCCCACUGCCCCGAGCGGCAGCUCGCCUCGCUGGACGUGCACCGGCGCCGCCACUCGGACGAGCGGCCGUUCGCGUGCGGCGUGUGCGGCGGCACGUUCAAGCGCUCGGACCAGCUGCGCACGCACGCGCGCGUCCACACGGGCCACCGGCCGCACGCGUGCGGCCGGCCGUACGCGUGCGGCGCCUGCGGCAAGACGUUCCGGCAGGCCGCCUGCCUCAAGCGGCACGCGCGCCUCCACACGGGGGAGCGGCCGUACGCGUGCGGCGUGUGCGGCCGGCGCUUCACGCAGGGCGGCAGCCUCAAGGCGCACGCGCUGCUGCACUCGGGCGAGAAGCCGUUCAGCUGCGCCGUCUGCGGCCGCGCCUUCCGCCGCUCCUGCCACCUGCGCGACCACUCCAGGCUCCACGCCGCCGAGGCGCGCCAGCAGCAGCAGCCGCCGCCGGCCGCCGGAGAGGAGGGAGCGCAAAAGUGA